CAUUGCUCAGGAGCGGACCAGGGGCAGACGGAACCGCAGGAUUUUUACCUACACCGAUUUUGACCGCUUCACCAAUUGGGAAGGGCAUUCCCAGAGUAUGGUGACGCAGGUCAAGUCCAACCCUACUUUCCUGGCAGAAAGGAUGGCCAAUGUCAGACACAGACGACAGGACAGACGCCCAGUUGACAGCACCAUCCCCAAGUCCAGGCUGAUUACCUGGGAACCCUCGGAGGACUUUGUGAAGACCAGCCACGUGGUCAACACACCUGUACAGACCAUGCACAUCAUGGGGGACCUGGGACCACCGGGGAAACUUGGCCAAAAGGAGAAGGAAUGCUUGUUGUGCACGAUAAGAGCAGAUGGAAAUGGAGUGGUUACCAUCAAACCAGACUUCAACAAAGCCAAGGAGCCCUACAGAGUUGAGACGGAGGGGGAGAAGAGGGAGGUGUGGCGUCUAACCCUGGAGAACGUGUCAGAAGGCAUCAGACCAGAGGAGAAGGAACGGGAACAGCGCAUGUAUAAAGAUCUUUAUGUACGUCAUAAAGACUACCUCAACAGCUUGGUUGGCCAGGACUUUGAAAUGCCACCCCCUGGAAUUCUGCGUCUGUUGGUGAAUGGAGAAAUAGACUCCGCCAAAGGCUUUGAAUAUGACAACUUAUACGUCCACUUUUUCCUGGAGCUGCCCCACAAUUGGUCCACUCUGCCAUUCCACUCUCUCUCUGGCGUGACUCAGACAUGUCGCACAAAGACCAUAGGAAAGGACGACGUGGCUUUCUUCAGCUACCCAUUCAGCUUUGAGGCAUUCUUCAAGAGAGAGGAUGAGACAGAGGAAUCCCUCCCCCAAUGGCCAGUUCUGUACUUCAAAGUCCUCUCCCUGGACUUCUGGCAGCGCUACAGAAAUGAAGGCUAUGGCUACCUGGUCAUUCCUUCCACCCCUGGGAAGCAUACAAUAACAUGUCAUACGUGGAGACCGCUCCAGACGGGAACAGUGUCAGAACUGAGACGCUUCUUCAUUGGUGGAUCCCCUGAGCUGGAGGACUACAGUUACGUCAGAGUCCCAGGAACCUUCAAGGGAGAGCGGCUGAGUCGCUUUGGCUUCCGCACACAGACCACAGGCAGCGUCACCUUCAACCUCCAUUGUAUCCAGCACGCCAGGGCAUUUGUUGAUGCCAGCACCCUGAAGAAGAGGAGGCAGAGUGUUCUGGACCAGCUGGGAGGCUUCAGUCAGCAAGGUUCGGUCUAUAAUGUCCUGGAGGCAUUCCAGAGGGCCAGGAGACGGAUGCAGGAGGCCAGAGAGAGUCUUCCCAGAGACCUCAUAAACACUACAGCCCAACAAAACUCUGAGUCCACUGCAUAGACACGUACAUGGUUUACAUACAGUAGGCAUCGCAGCAUUCACCUGUAAGAAAAUGCUGAGGAAAUCUCCCUGUUCAACAGCCGUCUGUUUAUGUUCUGUAAUUUUGUAAUUAUUACUAUGCAUGUACACCUGUAUAGACUGAAUAUAUCAAACAUUAGGAACACCUUGGACCACCCCCUUUUUUACUGAGACAGCCUAAAUUCGUUGGGACAUGGACUCUGUAAGGUGUUGAAGGCAUUUCACAGGGAUGCUGGCCCAUGUUGACUCCAAUGCUUCCCACAGUUGUGUCAAGAUGGCUGGAUUUCUUUGGGUGGUGGACCAUUCUUGAUAAACAUGGGAAACUGAUGAGUGUGAAAAACCCAGCAGCGUUGCAGUUCUUGACACAAACCAGUGCGCCUGACACUACCAUACACCGUUCAAAGGCACUUAAAUGUUUUUGUCUUGCCCAUUCACAUUCUGAACGGCACACAAAUACGAUCCAUGUCUCAAUUGCCUCCAGGCUUAAAAAUUAUUCUUUAACCUGUCCCCUCCCCUUCAUCUACAUAGAUUGUAAGUGGAUUUAAAAGUAACAUCAAUAAGGGAUCCUAGCGUUCACCUUCAUUCACCUGGUCAGUCUAUGUCAUGGAAAGAGUAGGUGUUCUUAAUGUUUUGUAUACUAAUUGUAUAUGUGCUUCUGAUACAGUAUUUUAAGAGCGACUUUAUAGCGCGGUGUCAGAUGAUAAAGUAUUUUCCAUGUUUUGUUAUCAUAGUUUGUCAAUUGAUUUUAUAAUAAAACUAAGAUAUACUUAUUUUAGAUUCACAUCUUAAAAAAGUAAAAUGUCUUUGAGGCUUUCUAUACCUUCUUUUCCCAUGUUUUGUAUGAAACAUUACUCUGCUAUCAUUUAGUCAAAUACAUGUUUACCUUUGGGAGAAAUGAGAUGAGCACAGGUCUACCUAGUAAAGUCCAGGUUGUAUCAAGCCUGUACUGGCAUAAGAUGAGACUCGUCACUCUUCUCCUCUCAUCUCUCCUCUUUUCACCCUAUGGUGUGUGCAGCUCACUGCUGAGCGUGUCUCAAUCCCAUGUGUAGCAAAGUGUCCGAGAGGAGUGAGGGUGCCAGGAAACUGUCAGUGCUGGCGCUCCCCUCUGCCCGUCUGGACAUCUGCUGCACCUGUCUUAGUCACCAGCCCUGCUGGCACCGCCACAGAGUGGCCUGGCGCUGGCCAUGGUGUGAACAUGGUCUG